UUUUUUAAAACAUAACCUAGUUGCUGUUCAGUUCAAAGUUAGUUUCGUAGGUUGAAUUGUGCAUAAAUUUUCUCGUAUUUGGUUUGGAAAUGGCAUCGGCAGCAAAGAUUGGUGUAAAUUUUGUGUUGGGCAGAUGUGUACCAAGUGUUAAACAAAAUGCCGCAAAAAUUCGAGUUACUCAGCUAUUGCUUGAUGAAAGAAUAAACAUGUAUUUCGAAGAACAUGAACAUGUAUUUGCUUAUGAUCCAGAGAAGAAAGUGAAAACUGGCGAUGUUGUGCUAAUUCGACAGCUGCCAGAGAAAAAGACAACAUUGAUCACGCAUUCGGUUGAGAAGAUCAUUUAUAAAUUAGGCGAUGUGAUUGAUCCAGUCACAAGCAAAUCCGUUGUGGCUGACACAUACCGUGAAUUGAGUGACGAGAAGAAUCGUUUGUACGGAAAAGUAGACACAGCAUUUGAUUACAAAAAAGCACCUCCUCGUGGUCGACUCGAAGGUACAAGGGACUUAACAGACAAACCAACGUACACAAAAUUCUAUGCAGGGUGCGACGAUCCGUAUGCUUGGUAGUUUUUGUUUCGAAAUCAGCAUUUUUUUGAACGGAAUUCAAUCGGUGUUUCUAGUUAGUUGUUUGUAAAUAAAUUAAUUCUU